UGUGGAUGGCGAUAAGACCAAAGAGGGCCACUUUUUUCAAUUUUAUGUGAUUCCGCUUCAGCGUGUAGGCCUCCUUCCUUCCCUAGAUGAACAACUCCAACUCCAACUCCAACUCCGACUCCGACUCCGACUCCGACUGCAAGUAAAAGUGAGAUGGAGAAAAUGUGGACCUCCAAGUUGUUAUUAUCGCAAAGCUCAUCGUCACUAUUCUGGAGGGAAAUUGGUAGUGGAUGGGUCACCUACACUCUUGCUGUCGUAACCCUCAUUUUUGUGUGGCAAUUCGCGAGGUUUCAAAUCCUCCCCAGAUUAUCAAUAUUAUUCAGGAACUCUUCUUUUGGAUCCGCAGGACAAUUGAACAAUCCCACCGUUUCUGUUUUACCGUCAUCCCAGCAACACAGAAUAUCAGAUGUCAUUACUGAUUUGGAUCUUAAAGUUUUGAUGGACAGUUUGGAUGAGACUGUUCAUGGGAAUGACAAGUGGGAGAAUGUUGUUGAUAGAAGAAAUAAUUCACUCUCCUACUAUGUGAAGUGUUGCAAACCUAAGGAUGGUGGCCCCCCGAAGUAUUUGAGUACGACAACAUUCAAUUUAUGUUCUUCAGAGACACUGAGAGACUUCUAUAUGGAUAAUUUUUAUAGAAAGGAGUGGGACAAGACCUUGAUUGACCACGAGCAGUUGCAGGUGGAUGAGAGCAAUGGAACUGAAAUUGGGCGCACUAUAAAGAAAUUCCCUCUCUUGACACCAAGAGAAUACAUUCUGGCCUGGAGGCUCUGGGAAGGAAGAGAUAGAACUUUUUACUGUUAUAGCAAGGAAUGUGACCAUCCUUUAGCUCCAAGACAAAAGAAGUACGUACGGGUUGGCCUUUUGAGAUCUGGUUGGAGAAUUAGGGAAGUAUCUGGUAGAAAUUCAUGUGAGAUCAAAAUGGUUCACCAAGAAGAUGCUGGUUUGAAUGUUGAAAUGGCAAAGAUGAUAUUUGCCAAGGGCAUAUGGAGUUAUGUGUGUAAAAUGGAUAAUGCUCUUCGGAAGUAUUCGGCCAUCAGGCGUAUUCAAUUGACUUCAGUUGUGAGUGCAAUCACUCUUGUUCAGAAGGUACCACUGGCAUUGGAUUGUUGUACCAGCAAGAUUGGUGACAUGGGUGAUGAUCCAGAAGAGUACGGCAGUGAGAAAAAAGUGAGACGAAAGCCUUCAAAGAAAUUGAUAGCGAAUGGAUUGAUCCUUGUUGGCGGUGUAAUCUGCGUGGCUCGUGGACACCCCAACUUCAGUGCAAAGGUUGCCAUGGCAUUUGUAUUAAGUAGGCUGACAAAGCAUCGCCAAAUCAAGGAACCGUCUAUUACUAUACACUAAUUUAAAGAAGGAAGGAAAACAGAUGUAAAUUGAAAGCUCAAUUGCUGCUCAAGUAUAUAGUUUUUCUUUAUAAAAACAUUGCAAAAAACAUUAUACACGGAUAUAACUUGUAUUCUACCUACACUUGCUUUUGGCCAGCUACUUGCAUCAUAUCAAUCAGGCUUAUAUGCAUAACAUUUUGACUCUCUUC